AUGAUUGAAAUAGGAAGAAAAUUAGAUAUUAUUAACAUUAAAUCAGAAAGUGACAAUGUUAAUUAUGUUUUUAGUAGGGAUAAAAAAUUUAAUAAAAAUAAUGACAAUAAUAGAAAUAGUGAUAAGAAUUUAGAUAUCCAAAGUACUUCUAAUAGGAAUGAGAUUAAUAGUAACUAUAAUAGACCUAAUUAUUAUUCGAGGCAAAAUUUUGACAGUAGGAAUAGAAAUUAUGGUGAUAACAAUUUUAGUGAUGAUAACGACAACAGGAAUAGGAAUUUUACUAACGUUAGAAACAAUAACAAUUAUAAUAAUAAUAACUAUAGAAAUAAUCAGUAUAAUGAUAGUAACUAUCAAAAUUACAAUUAUCGGUAUAACAAUAGCAACAGAAACUUUCAUAAUAAUAAUUAUCAAUCUUAUAACAACAACUAUGGUAGGAACAACGCCUGGUUUAAUUAUAAUCAGAGGAGACAGAUUCAAUGUGAUGAUCAAAAUCAUAAUAAUUACCGAUCUCAAUUCAAAUAA